AUGGGGAAAUCCCGGCGGAGGACCGGGAUGUGGUCCUGGAGGUGGUCCGUUGAACCACAUUGGUGCUCUGAUCAUAUAUGUUUUGAAUCAAGUAAAAAAGAAAAUAGGAAAAGAUUUCGAGAUGCAGAUAAAAAAUAUAAGAAAAAAUAA